AUGGAAGUUGCGGGUGGUGUCAUCUCCCUGGCGUGGGACGUGUUUGAUAGCGCCGUUAGGAUCUUCAAAUUCAUCACUGCCCUGGUCGAUAUGCCACAAGAGUUUGAACAACGCCGGCUACAGCUCAUCAUGGAGUACAACAGAGUACUGGCCUGGGGAAAGGCGGCCGGCCUGGUGGAUACAGAGGGAACAAAUCUGGGAGCCGCCUUAGGGACCGAUAGCAUCGAACUCGUGGCGAUCGUAGCCAGGAUCCAGUGGCUGCUAUCCGAAUUCCGUGAGCUCAACGCCCGCUAUGGCAACGAGCUUCCUGUCGCGAUCAGGGAGGGCGAAACGGGAGACGAGAAACAGCCGACGGAUAUGGACGUGCUCAAGGAGAUUUCUAGCCUGGCCAUGUCGUACGAGGCCAAGAAAAAAGAGCGUCGACACGCCCGUGGCACGAACCAUAUCCGCGAGUUCUUUGAGAGGACGGGCCACCAAACCCUGGAUAUCGUCACGCACCCGGUUCGGGUAAGGUGGAUCGCGUUGGACAAGGACACGUUCGAUGGCCUCCUCAAGGAUAUCCACACCCUGACGGAGCGAUUACACGAGCUUAUGCGAAACUACCGGGAGAGGGAGAUCGACAACAUCACGGCCAAGACCUACCGUGAGAUGAUCCUCACGCGCAACAAUGUCGAGCAAUUGCGAGACAUGCUAGACGCCGUGACGAGCCUGAUCUCCACAUCAGCCGGCACCCGCAGGGAGGGAGAAGCCCAUCUCAACGACCACAACCUACAAGACCUCGUGCAGCUCAAAAAGCUCAGCCGAAUCUCCGAUGCUAUCCUUGCGAAACUCCAUGCGGACCACAGCCGCGGCAACACGAAGCGCUCCGACAACAUCUAUCAGCGCCUCUCAGACCUCGACGUCACAGUGCGACGGUACACCGACGCCGACCUCAGCAGGGUCUUUGAGUGGAAUGAGCAGGACAGUGACGAGCCGGAGCUCCUCACACGCCCGCGCGGUAUUCUCAACACCGAGGAGGGCCACGUACCGGUGUGGAUCGAGUGGAAGGCCAUCGGGGACAUCCCCCCGGGCUCGUUGCGGGACGAGGAGUCGGCAUUGCGGACCAUGGCUCUGGCCGAGAUGUUGCACCAGCCCAAGCCGGCGUCGCUGCACGCGCCGGAGUGUGUCGGGUUCUUUGACGACCGGGAGGUAUCGGGCAUGGACCGGUACGGAUGGAUGUUCAAGAUGCCGGACGACGGUGACUAUGACACCCGCGUGGCGUCGCUGUAUGAUGUGUUAGGCGAUGUUCGCAAGAAGCCGCCGCUGUCCCAGCGUGUGGCGAUGGCGGCGAAGCUGUGCGCAACGGUGUUGAACCUACAUGCGGUCAACUGGCUGCACAAGGGGAUCUUUAGCGACAAUGUUAUCUUCCACUUUAGCGGCGAUGACGGAAACAGUAACCAGGAAGACGGCCAACAACUUAGUACAGGAAACGGGGCCACAAAUAGCCGCCACAAUCCACUCGGCUACGACCCUUCUAAACCACUCCUUUCAGGCUUCGAAUUCUCCCGUCCCGACGGUACCGAGACCACCGCGCGGGAUGUUGAUAUCGUAUGGGAUCUAUACCGGUGGCCGGGGAUCCAGCGGCAGCGGCCGACAGAGCGCAACUCGCGAAAGACCUAUGACUUGUACAGUUUAGGCCUGGUGCUUCUGGAGAUUGCGCACUGGGAGAAGCUACACGUGCUCAUGCAUCUGGGGGGUGGGCGGACGGACGGAAACAGUAAUGAAGAAGCAGCCCCCAACAUCCCGCUGGAACAGUCCAAAUCCGUCCGGGACUGGUUGCUGGGUCUCAGGUGCGAAGUGGAAGCGCCGUUUGUCGCGGCCGGCCGGCCCAAUCCGUUGGAAGAGUUGCGGAACAUUGUUGGGGACCGUUACUGGGCUGUGGUGGAACGGUGUCUGUGGGCGCAUGGCGAAAAGGGGUUUGGGGUGGAUGAACUGGCAAACCAGACGAGUGAUUCGGAUGUGGGAGUCAGGCUGCAGGCGGCGUUUGAGGAGAAUGUGGUGGAUAUUUUGGCGGGUGUGAUUGUGUAA